UGGGCCAUCCCCCGGCCCGGGGCAGGCAGGGUCUCAGCCCGGCGGAAAGUUUUCUGCGCGGGGAGGAAGUUAGAAGUUUGGGGUUUCUGAGAAAGCAGCUCCUGUGACCGCGGGGGUCUGGGUGGCCAUGGAGGAGCCCCCUUUGCGAGAGGAGGAGGAAGAAGAGGAGGGGGAAGGGGACGAGGCUGGGCCCGAGGGGGCUUUGGGCAAGAGCCCCUUCCAGCUGACCGCCGAGGACGUGUAUGACAUCUCCUACGUGAUGGGCCGAGAGCUGAUGGCCCUGGGCAGCGACCCCCGGGUGACACAGCUGCAGUUCAAGAUCGUCCGCGUCCUGGAGAUGCUGGAGACGCUGGUGAAUGAGGGUAACCUGACGGUGGAGGAGCUGAGGAUGGAGAGGGACAACCUCAGGAAGGAGGUGGAGGGGCUGCGGACGGAGGGCUCGGCGGCCGGCCGGGAGGUAGACCUGGGACCAGACAAAAUGGUGGUUGACCUGACAGACCCCAACCGACCCCGCUUCACUCUCCAGGAGCUGCGGGAUGUGCUCCAGGAGCGCAACAAGCUCAAGUCCCAGCUGCUGGUGGUGCAGGAGGAGCUGCAGUGCUACAAGAGUGGUCUGAUUCCACCAAGAGAAGGCCCAGGAGGGAGAAGAGAAAAAGACGCCCUUGUCGCCAGGACCAGCAAGGCCAGCAGUAACAAGGAGGAGAAGACAAUCAUAAGGAAGCUGUUCUCUUUCCGAUCGGGGAAGCAGAUGUAGACCGAAAGGCACGAUUGUGAGGUUCUUGGACUCAAGAAGGUGAUGCACCAAGACUUCCAAACUCAUCUCUCAGUGCCACGCAUACUCACUGCACUUGCUCACCUGUUUUCCCUGAAAGCCACCAAGGAGGAAGGAGGUGAGGCUCUCUCGUGAUCACUUUUUCCCCAGGCCACAGAGCUGGACACCCCUGAAGGCUUGGCUAGGGCCGGGGAAGCGGCACAAAGAAAUCAAGACAGCAGAAGGAAAGCAAAACGAGGCCCACUUCCUGCUGCACGCCAGCUGCUGGGAGGGGCCUCUGGCGUGCAGAUGUGCGUUCUGCUUGUCUGGUCUCACAGAUGACCUGGGUCUUUAGCAGCAGCAAAUUUCCUGAGCCCAAAGGGAAUGAGGAGGAGAGAAUCCAGGAAAAAAUGGUAUCAACAUUCCAGGGAUGAUUUCACGGAUACUUAGUGAACAUUUGAUUUUGCUAACAUUUCUUUACAUGAUUUUGUAUUAAAGUGAAAUAACUUUUAUACUUUC